CUUAAAGCUUUGCAACACUUAAACAGAGUUUAUAUCGUUAUCGGACUGAGCGCGUAUUUUGCAGCACUACGGCUGUGGUUUUCGUUCCGUGCGGUUGUGUUUUGGUAGUUGGUUUUUGUCGUUGGUUGUCCAUUAUCCCUAAUUGAAAUAGAGAAAAUUAAUAAUAAGUUGUGCGUCCAGCAAACGAAGCAAGUCUAUGCUGAGGACAAUUAAUUAAAACGAAAACAGUCCUCAAAAUCUGAAGAGUGCCAUUGCCGUGUGUUAUCGUUGCUGUGGUUUUUGGUGUGGGAGUAGGAGUCGAGGAGUGGGAGCAAAAGUAACCGGCAUUUAAAGUGUAUUUGUAUUUACUUUGGCUACCCGAGCCUGUACUCCCUUAGUCCUCAUCAAUGUCGUCCACCGAGGUAAAACUGUCGCGUCUGCUGGGACUAGCGCAAAAGUUUAAUAAUUUCUACUUGACAGGUUUUCAUAAAGGCGACAUACGUCCAUUUCUGGUUGAGGGACAACAAGUUGGGCUCAUUAAAUCGGAUGUCCUCAAGCAGCUGCACAAGUACCCCGAAGUGUUUUGUAUACGUGACUGUGAAUAUACCAAGCAGGGUCUCGUGGAGUUAAAUCCGGCAUUUCGAGACUACAACGAGCGCACGGCACAACUGGAGAAGGUAUUACGUGAACUGCGCAGCGAUGGUUUGUUCUCAGCCUUGCAGGGCUGGCGGGAUGAGUGCUUUGAGGUCAAAUCCGAGCACAAGGCCCUGCUGAAGAUGGAGCGAGCGGCGACACCGCUGUUCGGGGUUCGCAAAUAUGGUGUGGACAUCAAUGGUUAUGUGAGGCAUCCACAACACGGUCUGUGCAUUUGGCUGCAGCAGCGCUCCAACACUAAAGAAACCUGGCCUGGCAAAUGGGAUAAUAUGGUAGGCGGUGGUCUUUCCGUUGGAUAUGGCAUAAUGGAGACGGCCAUCAAGGAGGCCGCCGAGGAAGCAUCCAUUCCAAAAGAUCUCGUCAAAAAUUUGGUUUCAGCGGGCUGUGUCUCGUUCUUUUUUGAGAGCGAUCAGGGUCUGUUUCCCAAUACUGAAUAUGUAUUUGAUUUGGAGCUGCCGGUGGACUUUGUGCCUCAUAAUGCGGAUGGCGAGGUGCAGGCUUUCGAGCUGCUGCCAGCCAAAGAGUGUGUGGAGCGCGUAUUUACGCCAGAUUUCAAGACGACAUCGGCGCCAGUUGUUAUCGAUUUCUUGAUUCGACACGGCCACAUUACAGCUGAGAAAGAUUGUGGAACUACUUCAUGUGCCGCUGCAGUCAUUGUACACGUACAAAACACGCCUGGAGCAAAAGCUGCAGCAACAUCAGGCGUCACUGCCCAAUGACGAUAAUAACUGCAACUGCACCAGUUUACCCAGCAGUCCGCUGGAAAACGGGCACAACAAAAAGGAGGUCGCUUAGGCUGAAUAUAGCACCGGAUAAUGGACAACGAAUGGAGUGUGUAGCAUGACCAUUGCAUUAAGAAGCUGUGGACUUGUUGGAGAGACUGCUAUUGUAGUUGGAUUUAUGAAAUCCAAAAACAACAGCCAAUAUAUAAUAUAAUAACGCAAAAGAAAAUAAUUAAGAAAAGAGAAAAAAAAAAAAAACAAAAAAAAAAACAA